ACCGUUCAGUGGCGAUGCCGCCUCCGAGUAUGGAUCUUCCAGACGUAAGCUUUGGUCGUUCAUCCUCCGAAGUGGACGAAAACAAAGAAAGAGGCAACUGGUCGAGUGGCGUUGAGUUCUUGCUUUCCUGCCUCAGUUAUGCUGUAGGUUUAGGAAAUAUCUGGCGCUUUCCAUAUCUCUGCUAUCGUAAUGGAGGAGGAGCUUUCCUCAUACCAUAUGUAAUAAUGAUGGCAUUUGUUGGUCUACCAUUGUUUCUUAUGGAGCUCUCAUUUGGGCAAUAUGCUAGUGAAGGGCCAGUUACGAUAUGGAAAAUAUGUCCAUUAUUCCAAGGUCUUGGAUAUGCCAUGUUUUUGAUGUCUAGUCUAGUUGGCAUAUAUUACAAUAUGAUUUUAGCAUGGGCUCUUUUUUAUCUGCUAUCUUCAUUUACUAGUCAUUUGCCAUGGAGUUCUUGUGAUAACUGGUGGAAUACAGAAGCUUGUAGAAAGUUUGACACCAGGAACUGCACAGCUCAUAAUGGCACCGUAUUAUCUAAUGGAACAUGUGUUUUGCAAAGUGAAGUAGAUCCAGCACAAUGGGAUGAAUAUGUUAAACAUAACACCAAGAUGGCCAGCGAUGAAUAUUUUCACAAUUUUGUAUUGGAUAUAACAGAUGGAUUACAUGAUUUAGGUGGCGUUAGAUGGCAGUUAGCACUGUGUUUACUAACAUGUUGGGCUAUUGUUUUCAUUUGUCUGCUAAAAGGAGUAAAAAGCAUGGGAAAGGUUGUGUAUUUUACUGCAUUGUUCCCAUACCUAGUUCUCAUAAUCCUUUUGAUUAGAGGUACAACCCUGGAAGGUUCAUAUGAUGGAAUUAUGUUUUACCUUACUCCUGAAUGGCAUCGUCUUUUAGAUGCAAAGGUUUGGGGGGAUGCUGCAAUGCAGAUAUUCUUUUCCCUUUCCCCUUGUUGGGGUGGACUAAUCACUCUUGCUAGUUACAAUCGUUUUCAUAACAAUUGUUUUAGGGAUUCUCUUGUAAUAACGUUUGGAAACAGUGCCACAAGUUUUUUUGCCGGAUUUGUUAUUUUUAGUAUUGUUGGAUUCAUGGCACAUGAAAUGGGUGUUCCUGUUAAAGAGGUUGCUGCUCAAGGUGCUGGUUUGGCUUUCAUUGCUUAUCCGGAAGCAGUAGCACGAUUACCAGUUUCCCCACUUUGGGCAUUUCUGUUCUUCUUCAUGCUACUUACUCUUGGCUUAGGAACACAGUUUACACUGAUCGAGACAGUAACCACUACUAUUGUUGAUACUUGGCCAGAACGUCUAAGACGAUCUAAGGCAUAUGUAUUAUCUGUUGUAUGUGUUGUAAUGUACUUCGCAGGACUGGUUAUCUGUACGAAGGGUGGAAUGUAUGUUUUACAACUUAUGGACAAUUUCUGUGCCAGUUUUUCUGCUCUUAUCAUUGGAUUGGUUGAAGUAAUUGUUAUUGGUUGGAUCUAUGGUGCUGAACGAUUCCUAAAUGAUAUCAAAGUGAUGAUGGGUUGUUAUCCAUUCCAUUAUCAGUAUUGGAGAUUCAUGUGGAAAUUUGUUGUUCCUCUUCUCAUAACGUUUAUCUUAAUAUUUACUUGCUUGGAUUUGAAACCUACACAGUAUGGCAGCUAUGAAUAUCCUCCAUGGGCUAAUUAUGUUGGUUGGUUGUUUUCUUUGACAUCAGUAAGCGCAAUUCCAUUUGUUGUUGUGUUGAAAAUCUACAGAGCGAAAGGCCCAAUUUUGCAGCGUAUCCGCAUCCUACUUGAACCAACCGAAGAAUGGGGUCCUAAACUCCAGAUGCAUCGUAUGGAAACCCAUAGUCCCAAACAUACAGAUUCUCAGGUGCCUCUUGCUCUUCCAAAUUAUGAUCCAGAUGGUUAUGGUGACAACGAUUUUAGUGAUAAUCUUGGCAGCAAAAUAAGUGUUGGUGAUGACAGCUGUUCAGAAUUUGAAGGGCUAAGAUUAAAUAUUCCAUCUCGUGUAUCCGAAACCGGUGUUUGAGUAGGAGCUUUUGAACAUUUUUUCCCCUCAUAAACUCAUCAGGAUACCUUAUUGUGCCUGUGAGUAUGCCACAACAAGUUCCUCAGUAGGUGCUGCUUGAUCAUUGACUUGAAAUCAAGACAUGCUGUUGAGUCCUGAAACUUGACCAGCCUAAGAUUUCCAUGUCUUUAGAAUGAAAGUGAUACUUUGAAAGAACACAUAAAUCAGAAAUGAAAUGUGGCUUUCUGAUAUAUCAAAUGAAAGUGUAAAAAUAGUUGUAAAACAUCUGAGAAACAGUAUUUAUAAAAUGCAAAGCAGGGCUGAUCCUACAUCCAAAUGAUGAACAUUUUAGCUUAUUCAGAUUCAUAACUAGAUGGGUUUUUUUGUAUAUUUUGUUUUUAAAUGAAAAUCCUAAUGAAAAAGAUAUCGAUGAAAAUGAUUUUAAACUUGAUUUACAUGAAUUUAGAAUGCAUGUUUUUGUAAUGUUGGAUUUAGAUUCUUGAAUGGUCAACGCUGAUUAGCUGUCAAAUGCCUAUUCACUUUGUCAUUGUCUAGCUUUUGAAAGCGUUCUUUUUUCACUCAAAAAUAAAUAAAUAAAUAAAAGUAUUAAUUUA